AUGAAGGCCAACGGAUUCCUAGCAUCCGCUUGCCUUUUCAGCAUGGCAUUUGCGCAGUCCAAGUUAAGAAUUAUGCCGCUGGGAGAUAGUGUCACGGAGAUCACCUGCUGGCGAUCGAAGCUGUGGGAACUGCUGAAGGCCAAUGAUCUGACGGACCGGAUCGAGUUCGUCGGGUCGGAGAGGAGCUCGCAGCAGUGCGACGGGGAGGACAAGGAUUUCCGCCGGCACCAGCGCCACGAGGGCCACGCGGGCUACCUCGCCGUCGACAUCGCCAACGACCACAUCGACAGGUGGAUCAGCGCGGCGAGCCCCGACGUCGUCAUGUUCAUGCUCGGCACCAAUGACAUCGCGCAGGACAAGCGCGUGGAUGCUAUCGUCGAGGCGUAUACGAGCAUGGUGGAGACGAUGCGGUACUACAACGAGAACACGACCAUCAUCGUUGACACCGUAGUCCCACUGCCGACCAACCCGGACCCGGUGAACGAGCUGAACGGGCUGAUCCCGGGCUGGGCCGCGGAGCAGAACAAGACCGAGUCCCGCAUUUACGUCAACGACAUCUACCCCUUCUCGACCGCGUACCUCAAGGACGGCAUACAUCCCAACGACGAGGGCGACGAGCGCAUUGCCAAUACGCUGGCAACGCUCUUGACGUGGAUUAUCAACUCGAGCACGAACUCAUCUGCACUUAACUAG